AUGGAUUUCCAGUCGUCGCAAAACGGCAUGUACGACCCCUCGAGCUUCAUCGAUCCCAGCGCCAUCGCUGGCAACCAGAUGAACGGCACGCGACCGUACCCAAUGUCGUCAAUACCCCAGAAAAGGGACUCGACAGGCGCGACCAUGUCGCGUUCCCAGACACCAUCGCAACAAUUCUUCCAGCAAGGCUUUGCUCACACACCUUCCCCAACUAUGCAGAACCAACAUUUCCGACCCGGUCAAAUGCCGCCGCAACGGAUGCAGACGGCCUCUCCGGCGCAGAAUCCGCAUGCGCCUCAGAUGUCUCCCAUGAACUUCGCGCAAGGCUCUCCCAUGGGCCAGGGCUUUGAUCCCAAUGCUGGCGGCCAGUUUCCAGUUCAACCAAUGCAAUCGAUACAACUGUCUCAGAAUCUCCAGCACAAGCAGCAGGAGGCUCAAAGAGCAUAUGCUAUGCGACUACAAGCGCAGCAGCAGCAGCUCGGAAAUCUAGCGGCAAGCAACAUGGCUGCGCAGCAAAGACACCAGGCAGGACAAACACCCGGCGCGCCGGGCCAGCGUCCGGGCAUGCAGCCCCAGCUGAUGCCGGGGCAACAAAUGCAGAACCCCCAAGCAAAUCCUCAGACCUUCCUGAAGAACGUGCAUUCUCUCAUGGCCCAGAAUCGUCGACCUUUCAACCCCCAACCGCAAGUCGCCGGCCGAACAAUCGAUCUCUUCAACCUAUAUUCAAUUGUCAUCAAAUUUCGAGGUUCCAGAAACGUUACAACGAACAACGCAUGGCCGCGGAUCGCACAACACCUGGGAAUUCCGGUACCGCAGUUCCCCACUGCACCGGAAGAGCUGCGACAAGUUUACGAGGCGAACCUUGGGCUGUACGAGCAAAUGUACAUACGUAGCAAGACACAACAGGAGCAGAUGAAGAUGAACCCUAUGGCACAAAUGGGACAGAUGGGACAGCAGAUGGGCCAGCAGAUGGGACAGCAGAUGUCGCCAACAAGGAAUCCAAUGGCCGGUGCCCCGAACGCUGCUGCGGCGGCGGCGCAACAGGAGUACAUGCAGCAACUCCAAAGGAAACAGUUGCAGCAACAGGCCCAACGCCAGUCUGAUGCUGGACUACAGCAGCAGCAACAGUUCGAACAGCCAGUACAGCAGCCGCAAUCGACCCCAUUGCAAACGAACGCUACGCCUGCCCUAGCUAACGGUCGGAGUACUCCACAAGCCGAUGGCAAUCUGGUGGGACAACAUCGCAAAAGCAUGAGUCGUCCACUCGAAGGAACCCCGGCUCCGUCUUCAGAUCCAGCGCAACCGAGCGGAACGCCCAUAAAAGCCGAGCCAGACGCUGCCGUAACUCAAUCUGCACUCGAACAGAAACGUCACAUCGAAGAAGAAGAAGAUGGAAUCUACUAUAGACCUGCGACUAAUUUGACCAUCAAAAACACAUGGGGAGUGUUGGAACUAAGUGAUGAGCUUGUGCAAGAGGUCAGCAAGAAGUUGCAUUGGAUGCCCAACGUUCCAGAACUGCGGGAGAUGGGAGUGGUCGACAUACGCGCGCUAACCAUGAGUAUCCGCUCUGGCCUACACGCGGAGACCAGGUUGGCGCUGGAUACUCUGUCCAAAUUGACCCAUGAGAAUAACAUCCAACUGGACCUGGAGCAGUGCGACGACUUAGUGGAAGUGCUGGCAGACUACGCCGAAGAUCAACUCGAGAUCCUAGGCACUGACAACCCAGAAGUGACCGAUAUAAUCGAGCUUAUGUCUUAUGAGGAUAUCCUACACAACUGCCAGACAGAGGUCAAUACGCUUCAGGAUCUCCCGGAGUUCGGCACCAAAGCAUAUGACCUCGACCGAACCGCAGAUCGGGUGCUUGCCAUAACAUCCAUAAUUCGGAAUUUAUCCUUCCUCGAAAUCAACCACGCCCGCCUCUCCUCGCCGCCCGUACUAAAGUUCCUUUCGAAUGCGAUACGACUGGUCGGCACCAGAAUGCUCUUUCUCAGGUCUUACAUCCAUACACUGGACUUCAUGAAGGAUCUGAUCACGUUUUUCUCCAACUCGAGUACCAGGAUUGCGCUACCUUCCAGAGAGGACGCUUACGCCGUGCUCCAUUUCCUAUGUGCAUUCGCCCCCAGCCCUCGUCCGGGACUCCCUGUGCGUUUCACUUCGUACAAUCCCAAAGUCCAUCGCUAUCUUCCGUCGGCUGUGGACAGCAUGGCCAAGCUGCUUGCUAUCGACGAUCCCAAUCGGACAUAUUAUAAACAGAUAUUUAUCAACGAAGCAACGUCCGAUCCUCCAUACGACCUUCUUACCCGUGCAUUCGCGCUCGCGAUCGCAGUUGUGCCGGAUAGAACCGAAGGGAAACUCCACGAUCUAGCUGAGACCCGACCUAAAGAAGUGCAACACUACGAGGCACGGGUCGCAGAGGCUCGAAAACCAUAUCUGAUGCAAGGCAUGCUUGCUGCAGAUAUCCUUGCUUCUCUAGCCCCUGGGCCUGAAAGCGGCGUCUGUCGUUCUUGGCUAGAAGCCGAGGAUGGGUGGGCGAACAGCUUGCUGAAGUUCGCCAUGUCGCUCUGCUCGCUGGACGCCCGAAUGCAACAACCCCCACCACAACCGAACCAUCGCGGGCAAAGGCCUAUGGAACAGGAUCGGGAAGGGUACCAUCUCAUUGUCAAUCGAGCUCUGUCGAUGAUCAAGCGGCUUGGUGAUAAGUCUAAAGGCGCAGAAUCACUGGUCAAAAGCGUUGAAACGAACGGGACUGGCUAUGACAACGAAGAAGACGAUUGGGUAGAUGACAUGGAAGAACUUGAUGUCGGAGGCACGACUUGGAAAGUCAAGGCAGACAUUCUGCCUCGAAAAGAAACAGUGCUUGGCGCCUUGCUGAUGCAUCAAUUGGAUGCGAGGGCUUUGCGACAGUUUUGCGGGCUCGGUUACCUUGCGGAAAACUGA